AUGACUUCACUACAUGUGUCCGCAGAAGAGCUUUCUUGUCCCGUGUGCUGUGAAAUCUUCAAGGCUCCUGUUUUUCUGCCAUGUAGUCACAGUGUUUGUAAAGAGUGUCUUCAUCAGUUCUGGAGAAACACAGAUACUCAGCAGUGUCCUGUCUGCAGGAAAAUAUCCUCAAAACUCGAACCUUCAGUUAAUCUUGUGUUACAAAACCUGUGUGAGUCGUUCCUGAAGCAGAGAAAUGAGAGCCAUUCAUCAGGAUCUGAGGAGAUCUGCAGUUUACACGGUAAGAGACUCAAACUCUUCUGUCUGGAGGACAAACAGCCUGUAUGUGUCGUGUGCAGAGACUCAAAACAACAUGACAAUCACAAAUUCAGACCCAUCAGUGAAGCUGUUCCAACCUGUAAGGAGGAGCUCUAUACACCACUGAAGUCCUCACAAGAGAAACUUAAACACAAAGAAAGUAUUAAAGGAAUGUUUGAGAAAACAAGACAACACAUCCAGAACAAAAAUGAUCUAAUUAAGAAAAGCGUCUUAAUUGAAGAUGGAAUUCCUGCUCGAUACCAUCUGCAGACAAGAACAGACAAUUUGCAUCAAUCUGAACCAUAUAAAAAAAUUAUCUUCGGGGAGAGAGACAAAAACAAACCCCAUAAAACCAUUCUGAUGGCUGGAGAAACAGGAACAGGAAAAACAACUAUGAUCAAUGCGAUGAUCAACUACAUGUUGGGUGUAAAGAGAGAAGACAAGAUUUGGUUUGAGAUCACAGAUGAUCAGAGCGACCGAACACAAGCUCACAGUCAGACCUCCAUCAUCACUGUUUAUGGGUUUUAUCUACAAGAGAGUCCAAUCGAUUUAACAAUCAUUGACACACCAGGAUAUGGAGACACACAUGGAGUUGAUCUUGAUAAACAGAUCGCUGUGAGUUUGGACAGUUUAAGUAAAUCUGCAGAAGAUAUUCAUGAAAUAGAUGCAGUGUGUCUGGUGAUUAAAGCAACACAAAACCGACUCUCUGACAGACAACAAUACAUAUUUGAUGCUGUUCAGUCUUUAUUUGGAAAAGAUAUUGCUGAAAACAUUCUCUUGCUCUUUGCGCACUCAACUGGAGCUCCACCUAAAAAUGCCCUGACGGCUGUUAAAGAAGCUAAAAUCAAGUGUGCAGUAAAUGACAAGAAUCAGCCAGUGUUUUUCCUGUUUGACAACUGUCAGUCAGAGGCUGCUGAUGAAGAAUAUGAAAUGAUACAGGAACAAUCAUGGAAUCUCAGUUUUAGAGGAAUGGCACAAUUCUUCGAGUUUCUUGACACAAUACAACCAAAGUCCCUGAAGAUGACUCGAGAUGUGUUGCAGAACAAAAAACAGUUGGAGGCAAAAAUCUUCAAUCUAAAAUCACGUGUUGAGCUGAUGGAGCUAAAGCAAAAUGAGCUGAAACAAACUCAAGAAGCUCUGGAGCAGAACAAGGAACAUGUCAAGAACAAUAAGAACUUUGAGUAUGAAGUUAAAGUACCAUACAAAGAGAAGGUUGAUAUUGAUCCUACUGUAGCCAGCAUGGCGAUGUGCUGCACCGUCUGUGAGGAGAACUGUCAUUAUCCAGGAUGCUGGUGGGUCAGUAACCUCUCAUGGUGCAGCAUGAUGAAAGAUAAUCACUGUACAGUGUGCACUAAUAAAUGUCACUACAAAGAGCAUGUUAAACAUGCAAAAAUAUUUGUACAAAGACAAAGAGUGAGACCAAGACAUAUGAAGAUUUAAAGAGGAAAUAUUAUGGUAAGAUUAGGGAUAGUAAGUCUUUGGUUAAGAAGCUGACAGAAAAUCUGCAAGAAUUAGAGAAAGAGAAAAUAAAGCUUGUGAUUGAAGCUUUUGACUGUGUGGAAACUCUGCAGAAGAUUGCUCUCAGGACUGAUUCACUUUUCAUCCUCCAGCACAUUGAUUUUCUGGUUGAGAGGUUGAAGGAAAUAAAUGAGCCUGAAAAAGCCCAAACACUGGAAAACAUCAAGAAAAGAGCAGGAAAAGAAAAACAAGGUGCAAUUGGGUACUUUACAAGAUUUUUAAAAAAAUAAACAAAUCAUGUCUUAGCUACUCAAACCCUGCUUAAACUCAGAAAACAGGAUUCUGAAAUUGUUUCUGCUUCUUUCAAAAACAUGUACUUCAUAUGAUAUGAAGCUAUAUCAUCAUUCAUUGUAAUUGUUUUAUGAAUCUAACAUUUUUCUGUCUUUAGACUUGCACUGUAUCUAUAUUCUCAUGCUUGUAUUUUUCUCAUUUGAAAGUUGCUUUGGAUAAACAGCAUUUGUUAAAUUGACUGAAUACUAUGAAUAAUUGACUAAAAUACUAUAAGCGAUUACUGUAGUAUUUAUCCUAGAAUAAAAUAAUAUAAUGUAAACUGUUUAUACAGUAAGACUGAAUUGAAAAUGUAGCACUUACAUUGUUAAGGGCACAACCAAAAUAUUUACAUUUAUCUUAAAAUUAUGUGUGUGAAAUCAUGGCCACUAAGAGGCUGAUUAGGGGCUGUGUAGAUUGUAUUAUUAAAGGCUGCCAUCUAGAGGCCAUAUGAGAGACUGUUGCAUAUACUUCAGGUGAAGAAAUCGUGAUAAAAUCUGAGACUAUCAUGAAAGAUCUUCUACACUGUGUUGUUCAUCUUCUAUGACGUUUGUGGGCCAUGCAUGUUUAUUGCUUUACGGUUUUUGUUUGAAAAAAUACUAAAAUCUUAUAC